AUGAAAAUUGGAUUUGCAUUUUUUUUAUUACUUAACAUUGUAAGAUGUCACAACGUUUCUGAUUUCCCAUUUUUAAGGUUGAAAAAUUACCCUAAAAUUACAAAAGAUAAAGAUAAUAUCCAUGUAGAUUUCGAACUAAUAGUUGAAAGGAACCUCAGCACCAGGGAUUUUAAUGCUCAAAGGAAUUCCUUUUUUGUAUUCUCUCUUCUGUACCCAUUGAAUCUCAAAUUACAACAUAACUCUAAACUUGAAUAUCUUGGCGAUUUCUCUAAAGUCAGAGACUCGAAAGUUGAUGACGCAUCUUAUGCAGCUUUGGCAGAAAAAGUUAAAGGUGGCGGCUUCAUAGGAAAAUGCUCAAACUACGCCUUUUUGGAUAUUAUAUUUAACCUUGAGAGCAAACUUUCAAAACCCAUAGGUGUUAACGAUUCCACUUCUUUAGAAAAUGAAAUUAAAACUAUAAAAUCAACAGAUGAUCUAGUUAUUAAUUUCUAUCAUUUUCAAGAUACUUUGAAGCUUGGUUUAUAUACCUUUUCAGCAGAUUUCGCGUUAAGAAAAGAUUUAAGUUCUACCAGUAUAAGUACUUAUUAUGACGAGUUUGUAUUGGCCCUGGGUAUUAAAAAUCAUAUCAAAGAAAGAGCUAUUAAAGAAAUGAAGUGUUUAACUAAAACACCUAUUACAGCUGCGAUUAUGAUGAAGCACUUCGAGAAGAAUUCUUUCCAAUCAGCAUUUUGUUCAUACUACUUUGGCUAUGAUUUAUCUGAACCAAAAUACGAAUUGCCAUUACGCAAUAACCUCAAAAUUGAAGCCAAAUUUGAACGUAAACCUUCAAACGGUUCACAAACUUUGAGUUUGGAAUUUACUGCGGAUGAGAAAAUCAAGUACGAAACGUUAUAUCCUACCCAAUUUGAUAUUGUGAUAGACUUACCAAAGUCAUUUGCAGGCAAAAAAUUAGAUGAAACUAAGUUAUGCAAGCCUGAUUGUACACCAAAACUUUACUACCUUACUUGCAAAUAUGAGGCUGAAAAGGGCAGAGUUACUUAUAGUACAGUCAAAUCUUAUUUAGAAAAUAUGAAAACCCUUAAAAUCAUCAUGGACCUCUCAGGAACUGAUGAGUCAUUAUAUUUAACACAUAAGUCAUCUGAAGUCUCAGCCCACUUCUACCUCAAGCCUUAUGUAGCUUCGAUUGAUUUGGAGAAUGUAGACUUCAAUGAUGAGAUUAGUUCUAAUACAAAGUAUAAGUUCGUUGCGGAUGAAUGCUCAGGUGUGGUUAAAGAGCUAUUUGGUGAUUUCUACAAACUCGCCCACUCAAGGAGAUAUUUAUUAUAUGGAGGCACUGCUAAAGUCGAAAUGAAUGUACCCCAGACUCUAAUGUACGCUAUAACUAAAGUUGACAACUUCAAUGUCAUGAAGGUAUACCUUUCAGCUAAUGCCAAGUUGGCAGGACAGAAAGCUACCCUUAAGCUUACUGCCGGCAGGCCUGACCAGGAGUUCUUUGGACUUCCCACUGAAGCAGAUUAUGAUAAGAACAAGUUGUUGCCCAGGAACAAGGGCGUCACCCGUUCAUUAAACAGACUCUCCGUUGAAUUCGAAUAUAAUCUUAGAUUAACAGAUGACGACAACGACAAGUUCCACAAGAUCACAAUAGUUUUCAGGAGUAAAGAUAAACACCUUUUGAACUUGUACGACCCUGACUAUCUUAGGUUUAGCCUGGUUGGUAAAAGUGGAAACUUACCGCUUAACGUCUUUCCCAAGGUACCAGUUGCAUUAUCUGAUGUUUAUUCACCUAAAUCAUCCGAAGUGAAGGUAACUGGACCCUAUUUGGUCAGGAAAUCUGGAUUAAUUGUCAUGCAAUUCAAGAUCAAAGCUGCCAUCAAUAACAGACUUGUGGUGCACUUCGAGCUUGAUUCGAAAGUAAAAAAACUUGUCGGCAAAUAUGUUAGUGGUGAACUUCUAAACACAUUUGAUGGAAUAUUUGAAGUUAAAACCGAUGGCUUAAAGUACGUCGAGUUUUUCUUUGACCCAUCAUAUAAGACAGGCACUGAAUACACCUUUUCUGUCAACCUUUCCUUCGAUACAACUGGUGUUAACAAAUUUCCAUAUGAAAAAAUGACUUUGUAUGUGGAUCCUGAGCCAUUAUUAAGAGGCGGAAUGUUUACCCCUAAUCCCCUGAGUGAAUCGGUUUUCACCCAAGAAUACUCAUUUUCAAGAAUCAAUGACCUUGGAGCUAGUCUUGUUCCAUGCUUGGCUGCCGAUACCAAAUUCUCAUCUUCCAUGUUCAGAUCCGGCGACAACGCAACAUACAUCUUUACAAGAAUGUUUGACUGCCAAAAGCCCUGGCUAGGACCAAAAACAUCUGAUCAUGGUGAUAUUUCAGUCACAGUUGUUGACGAAGAAAAGAAAGAUGGUUAUCGUGUCACUGUCACAGAACCAUUGAGGUAA